UAUAUAAUCAAAUUCAUUUGUGAUAAUGCAACGUAAUAACUGCAUAUGAUAACAAUGCCUUUCAAAUUGUAUCCGGGUGCACAUUCGCAAUGCAAUAAGCGAUAAAAAAAUCGAAAAAAUCUCUCUUUUUAUCAUGAAAUUGGACGGCUGUUAAUCAAGGAGAAUUAUGCUAAAUACGUAUUAUAUGGAUAUUAAGUGAAUAGAGUAAUGAGGUCCGAUAUCGGAGUACUUAGACUCGCUUCAAAGUUUCAUUUCGUUCGGUAGAAGUUGACGCGUCCACAAUUGAUUUUGAGUUUAAAUAUUUGUUUUAAUGUUCUGAAAAAUGAGUCAGAUUUCAAAAAUGGAGGUCCAGCCUGACCUAGCGAUGGAGAGGGCGAAAUGCAACUUCAAUAAAUUGGAAGUUACGCAUAUCCUUGAUGGUGGGGAAGAGAAUACUUUGCAGAGGAAGAAAAUUGAGGACAUAGCCCUGAACGAUGGAGCGGCUCGUGAUGUUAUACCAGAAGAACACAUGAGCCCUAAGGAGAAGUACGAGAAUGCCGUCAGAAAGUCCUGCGUCUACUCAGAGAUAGUCAGGAAUAUACUCGCUGAACUCACCGGGUUGGAGACCUUUGGUCUCAACUCUCCCAUGCUCCGAAGAGUAUCAGAUGCCUUCUUCAAGGAGGUGUCACCAUUCCUCCUCCACUUAGGCAUGUUUGUGCCCACAAUCAUGGGUCAAUGUACUCCGGAACAGCAAGCCUAUUGGCUGCCCAGAGCGCUGGAUAUGCAAAUCAUUGGGACCUACGCUCAGACGGAGCUAGGACACGGCACAUUUAUACGAGGGCUGGAGACAACAGCCACGUAUGACCCCGAAACUGAAACCUUUGUGCUGAACACUCCUACGUUGACGGCUUAUAAAUGGUGGGCUGGGGGAUUGGGCAACACAGUGAACUACUGCAUAGUAAUAGCCCAACUGUACACCAAGGGUGUAUGCCAUGGAACCCACCCCUUCAUAGUCCAGCUUCGAGAUGAAGACACCCACAUGCCUCUCCCUGGCAUCAAGAUCGGAGAAAUAGGACCAAAGAUGGGCUUCAACACUGCUGACAAUGGAUUCUUAGGGUUCGAUCACUAUAGGAUACCAAGGGAAAAUAUGAUGAUGAAGAAUGCUCAGGUUUUGAAGGAUGGCACAUACGUGAAAGUGGCGCGUCAUGGCAAGAUGACCUAUCAGACCAUGGUGUUUGUUCGCGUGAUGCUGGUCAAUGAGGCUGCCUUCAACCUUGCCAAGGCUUGCACUAUUGCGGUGCGGUAUUCUGCUGUACGAAGGCAGUCGCAACCUAAACCUGGUGCUGGCGAGCCUCAGAUAAUGGACUACCUGACACAACAGCACAAGCUGUUCAUUUGCAUAGCUACUGCGCAUGCGCUACAGUUCUCCAGCAACUGGCUGUGGAGGAGCUUCAGUGCGGUGCUCGCUGAAAUGAAGCAUGGCAACACUGAUACUUUGCCUGAGUUCCACGCCCUCUCAAGCUGCCUGAAAGCAGUAAGCACAUCAGAUGCCGCAUACUUCAUAGAGCAGUGUCGCCACGCAUGCGGCGGUCACGGCUACAUGCUGUCCUCUGGAUUACCCAACUUGUACAACUUCGUGUCUGCCACCAGGACCUAUGAGGGAGAUUAUACUGUACUGCUGCUGCAGACUGCCAGGUUCCUAAUAAAAGCAUACGAGCAAGCAGAGGCUGGGAAGCCAGUAACACCGACUGUGUCGUAUUUGACGGAAGCUUUCUCCGGCAACAAAACUAUUUGGUGCAGUAGUCCAGAGGGUAUUGUCAAGUCCUUCCAAGCCGUUGCUGCCGGAAAAAUAGGUGUAUGCGUAAGAAAUAUAAGGAGUCGGAUGCGAACGGGCUUAUCUCAAGAGGAUGCUUGGGAAUUGUCCACCCUACAAUUAGUUGCGGCUUCAGAGGCCCAUUGCAGAGCUGUGAUAUCAGAUACAUAUAGUCAAGAGAUCGAAAGACUGACAGCUAAUUCUAGUCCAAACGUCAAGGGAGUCAUGGAACAGUUAGUAAGAGUGUACUUAUACUAUUGGGCGUUGGAGAGGACUGGAGAGCUUCUCAUGUACACUUCAAUAUCAGAAACAGAUAUCUUAGAUUUACAGCUGCAAUACGAAGAUCUCUUGCGAGCGAUAAGACCUAAUGCAGUUGGACUCGUUGAUGCAUUUGAUUUAAGAGAUGAACUCCUUCAUUCAACCCUCGGUGCCUACGAUGGUCGCGUAUACGAGCGUCUGAUGGCAGAAGCUAUGCGCAGUCCUAUGAACGCUGAACCUGUCAACCAGGCCUUCCACAAGUACAUGAAACCUUUACUGAAGGGGAAACUGUGAUAAAUGUAUAUUUGUAUAAAGAUAGGAGGUUCUAGAAAAUUCUUUAACAUAAAGUUUUUAAGUGAAGAUGAUAGAAUAUGGUUCCUAGUAAACUGUUAUGAUAUGUGUGUAUACCUAAUAUUCAGAAUUGUCUAUGCGUAGAUUAUGAUUAAGAAUAUAAUUAAGGAUAAAAGCAUUAUUUAGGAUAAUAAAUCUAUAAAUAAAAAAAAUAUUCUUAAGGUCCAGUGAAAGUAUCCUAUUUUUUAUUUUAAAUGUUAUUUGGUCUUAAAUGAUUUA